CGAGACUGUGUGGAGACGGUGCAGCAGCCCGCAACCCCAAUAGCCAGGGAGUCCCCGCCGCUUUCAAUGGAGGAGAAGCCCGGCCAGCCCCAGCCGCCGCCGCAGCAGCCGCCGCUGCAGCAGCCGCCCCACCACAGCAGUAGCAGCAGCAGCAGCAGCAGCAGUAGCAGUAGUAGCAGCAGCAGCAGCAGCCCCAGCCAGCACCCCCAGCCGCCGCACCACCACCACCCCCAGCAGCAGCCGCAGCCGCAGGCAGCCCCGCCGGCGCCGCACCACCACCACCACCACCAUUAUUACUACUACAACCACAACCACCACCACCACCACCACCAGCACCACCAGCACCUGCAGCACGGGCCCGACGGCGGCAGCCCCAAGGCCCAGCCCAAGCCGCCCAGGCAUGAGCCCAAGCACGCCCUGCAGCCGUCCCAGGAAGCGCCCAGGAAGAAAGCAGGCUAUGGUGAACUAAAUGGUAAUGCUGGAGAAAGAGAAAUAUCAUUAAAGAGCUUGGGCUCUGAUGAAGCCACCAACCCCAUUUCGAGGGUACUCAAUGGCAACCAGCAAGCUAUAGACACUAAUGUAAAUUCGAAGCAGACUGUGAAAACCAGUACCUUUGGGAAAGCAGGAAUUAAAACCAAGAAUUUCAUUCAGAAAAACAGUAUGGACAAAAAGAAUGAGAAAUCUUAUGAAAGCAAGCCUAGAGACAACCAAUCUAUAGACAAAGCCGAUGCAGUAUCUAUUCCAAACGGUGUUGUAACAAAUAAUUCUGGUUACAUCACUAAUGGCUACGUAGGCAGAGGGGCGGACAAUGAUGGCAGUGGCUCUGAGAGUGGCUAUACCACCCCUAAGAAACGGAAAGCCAGACGCAACAGUGCCAAGGGCUGCGAGAAUCUGAAUCUAGUGCAAGAUAAGAUAAUGCAGCAAGAGUCCAGCACCCCCAGCUUCAAGCAGGGACUUGACAAUUUCAAACCCGAUUAUACUGAACAAAAGGGAAACAGAGGGGAUGGCUCUAAGCCCAUUUGGAAGUAUGAGGCGGGGUCUGGAGGAGUGGGUCGGGGAAAACCUGGAAUUGGGGACAUGCAGCGGAAAAACUUGGAUGCCAAGCCUGGCGGAAGCAGCAAAAAGUUUGAUGAUCGGCCCAAGAUGAAGCAUGCGACAGCUGUGGCCUCGAAAGAAGAUUCAUGGACCCUAUUUAAACCUCCCCCAGUUUUCCCAGUGGACAAUAGCAGUGCUAAAAUCGUUCCUAAAAUAAGUUAUGCAAGCAAAGUUAAAGAAAAUCUCAACAAAGCAGCUCAGAACCCUUCGGUAUCUCCAUUGUCGCUUUCAUCAUCUUCACCAUCCACUGGGGAAACCCAGGCCCAAACAUCGAGUCGACUGUCCCAAGUCCCCAUGUCUGCUAUGAAGUCUGUUACUUCUGCCAACUUUUCUAAUGGUCCUGUUUUGGCAGGGACUGAUGGAAGUCUGUAUUCUCCAGGGAAUCAGCCACUGCUCACCACUGCUGCUAGUACUGUAACCCCCACCUCUUCUGGGACCGAGGCAAUACUCCAGGACAUGAGUAUAACUUCAGCAGCUGUUGAACAAAUUAAGCCUAGCCUUUUUAUCUACCCUUCAAAUAUGCAAACUGUGCUUUUGGGUGCAGCACAGGUAGAUCUGCCUUCCCAGACAGAUCAGCAAAACCUGGGGGAUAUCUUCCAGAAUCAGUGGGGUUUAUCAUUUAUUAAUGAGCCUAGUGCUGGUCCUGAGACUGUUAUUGGGAAAUCAACAGAUCACAAAGUGAUGGAAGUGACAUUUCAAGGGGAAUAUCCUGCUACUUUGGUUUCACAGGGUGCUGAAAUAAUUCCCUCAGGAACUGAGCAUCCUGUGUUUCCCAAGGCUUAUGAGUUGGAUAAACGGACUAGUCCUCAAGUUCUGGGUGGCAUUAUAAGGCCUGGGACUGCUAGUGAGGGUGGACCCUUAACCUUGGAGCCCAGUCUCACGAGUGACCUGCAAAAAGCAGACAUCACUAGUCAAGGUGCUCUAGUGUUUCUCUCAAAGGACUACGAGAUAGAAAAUCCCCUGGCCUCUCCUACGAACACUGUGUUAGCCUCCGCCAAAGAACAGGGGUACCAGAGAGGCCUAGAAAGGAAAUCUAGCUGGGGUUCUUUUGACCUGAGGGCUGCUAUUGUAUAUCACACUAAAGAAAUGGAAUCUAUUUGGAAUUUGCAGAAGCAAGAUCCCCAAAGGAUAAUCACUUAUGAUGAAGCCAUGGAUGGUCCAGAUCAAUGAAGGCAGCAGGACAGACAGACAGACAUACAGGCAGGCAGACCAGCUGCCUGUUUGUCGCCUUUCUGCAGCAUUAGAGCCACUCAUGGGGACACAAGGCUUUGAUGCUCCUUCUAGAUCUUCAGUGCAGCAGAGGAACCAUAAGUAGAAUCACAGGAUAAUAUAUACAAAUAUAUAUAUAGUUAUUUAAAAAAAAAAAAAGAGGCAACUGAAAGUAAUUAGACUUCUUAAGGAAUCAGAAAAUUUAUUUCAAGAGACUACACAUGGUUAUUUAAUCUCCGGUACUGAGUAGAUUUUUUUUUCUUUUUGUUAGUUUUUGUUUUGUUUUAAAGAGUGAAUGCAAGUGAUUAAUGAAUACAGACUCAAUACACAA